CAUUGUGACAUUCCUACUGUAUAUUUUUGCGCUGACAUUUAGUUAAAAAGUAAUAGCUGUAGGAUUGUGUUUUGGUGAAGCUCUGUUGGUUUCUGCCUCCCACACUAUGAGGCGGUCGCCUCAGCCCUUAUAGCUGAGACCUGGAUGUCGAUCUCCAGAAUAUGAACCACACCGUGGGUGUGUGUCAACCUUCUGUGACACAAUAGCACACAAGUCGAACAAGGACCCAUAUUUUUCCCUCUCUCUCUCUUCCUCACAAUAUGUCUGUCUGCCUAGACUUAUUUAAAGAAUCUGUAAGUUGUUGUUCACCUCUCUCCUGGGCUGCAUCCUUGUCUAUGCAAUUCAUUCUUCUGCCACAUCACAGCCUUCAAGUGCUUCUGUGCGUUAAUGCUGUUCUGUCUUCAAAUAAAAGCUGAUUUAAGUGAACGCGCCGAGGCACACAAUUACAUUUAUGUGUAAAACGGAUUGUGCAUGUGUAAAUCUAUGCAUGUAUGCACAUUUUUAUGCAUAAGGCCACACAAGAGAGCUUGUGCAAAGUCUUCAGCGGAAUCUAUCACAUGCUGCGAUAUGCACCCCACACACACACAUAUGAUUUUCUUCUGCAUGCCUCCCACAUGCACAGUUUGGACUUCCAAUGAAAGAUUGAUGUUGGUUUAAGUAGCUGCCAGAGAACAUUAGCCAAGGCAGAAAGAGUGCAAGAGCAGAUGCACCAGCCAGAGAUGACUAUCAAUAAUGCAGUCUCCAGCAGGCCCACAACUGAGAGAGAGGAAGAAGAGAUGGGAUGGACAGCUAUGUGGAAGAGCAUCCAUGUGAAAAUGUGAGGAUGGACCCUAGAUGAUUUUCACUUUCAAUGUGGUGGGGCAGGAUUAGUAAUUAACAUGAAUUUGAGUUAGUGCACUUGUGUCUGAUGCAAUGCAUGCAUGUCAGCAGAAAAGUGUGCUUGCUUGUUACAGGGCUGCCAGAAAGAUGCAGUGUAGGUGGGUUAGACGAGUUCUGGUCAGAGCAGGAGAAUUGUAACGUGUAGGUGUUUCAGGUUGAUUUAGAAGUGUUGGACCCACGGGGUCGGACUCCUUUGCACCUGGCCGUGACGCUGGGCCAUUUAGAGUGCGCCCGUCUGUUAGUCCAGCGUGGAGCCGAUGUCAGCAGAGAAAACAGAAAUGGCUGGACAGUGUUGCAGGAGGCCAUCAGCUCACGUAACCCGGAGAUGGUGCGUCUGGUGCUGCGUUACCGUGACUACCAGCGCACCACCAAGCGGCUGGCGGGGAUCCCACGCCUGCUGGAGAGACUCCGACAGGCACAGGACUUUUAUGUGGAAAUGAAAUGGGAGUUUACGAGUUGGGUUCCGCUCGUGUCUCGUAUCUGUCCGAGUGACACAUAUCGGGUAUGGAAGAGUGGCCAGUGUUUGCGGGUGGACACAACGCUCAUGGGAUUUGAGCAAAUGACCUGGCAAAGAGGCAAUCGCAGCUUCAUAUUCAGGGGUCAAGACUCCAGUGCCAUGGUAAUGGAAGUGGAUCAUGACAGACAGCUGGUGUUUUGCGAGACGCUGCCGUGCCUCUCUUCCUCUCCCACCUCACCCUCCACCAGGCCGUGCACAAACACUCUGAGCCUUCUGGGGGCGCUGCAGCCCAGCGACGAACAGGUGGCGGCCCGUCUAUCUGCUCCCGUGGUGGCGACGCAGCUGGACACCAGGAACAUUUCCUUUGAGAGGAAUAAAACGGGCAUUCUUGGCUGGCGUAAUGAGAAAACAGAGGUGGUGAAUGGGUAUGAAGCAAAGGUUUACUGUGCUUCUAAUGUUGAGCUGAUCACACGAACACGUACUGACCAUCUCAACGACCAGCACAAAACAAAACCCAAAGGCGGCAAGACUCCUCUGCAAUCCUUCCUGGGUAUCGCUGAACAGCACAUGGGGCCUAACAACGGACACACUAUGGUGACUCAGAUGAUAUGUCCUGCAACGAACCCAUUGGCCGUGACGGCAGAGGAGUACUUUAAUCCCAACAUGACUCAGAGAGACAUCGGCCAGCCCUGUCACCUCACCACCAAAACACAAAGGUUCAAAGCCAAGCUGUGGUUGUGUGAAUCACACCCUUUAUCUCUGUCGGAGCAGGUGGCUCCUAUCAUCGACCUCAUGGCCAUCUCCAACGCACUGUUCGCCAAGCUUAGGGACUUCAUCACCUUGCGCUUGCCUCCUGGCUUCCCCGUCAAAAUAGAAAUUCCCAUCUACCACAUCCUGAAUGCUCGCAUCACCUUUGGGAACCUAAAUGGUUGUGAAGAGGGUGGUUUGCCCCGAAUGGAUGCUGAAGGGGACGGACAGAAGGACAGCCCCAGGACAGAGACUCCAUCUCCAGGCAGUGACUCUUCCAGUGUGUCCAGCUCCAGCUCCACAAACUCGUGUCGCGGAGGAGAGAUCCCACCUUGUGUGUUUGAGGCUCCGCGAGGCUACAGCAUUUUAGGAGGAAACCAGAGGGAGAACAUUAGAGAUGAGGAAGAUGAUCUGCUACAGUAUGCCAUCCAGCAGAGCCUGAUAGAGGCUGGAUCAGAAUAUGACCAGGUGACGAUCUGGGAGGCUUUGACCAACAGUAAGCCAGGAACACACUCUCUGUCCUGUGACCCCAGCCGGCACGAAAGAACCCCACAGCACAAACCCAACCCUGUGGAGAGCCCUCGCAGCACAUCCACCAAUAAGCCACCGCGCAGCUACGAUGAGCAGCUGCGUUUAGCCAUGGCACUGUCUGCCCGUGAACAGGAAGAGGCGGAGCUACGUCAAAGACGAGAGGAAGAGGAACUGCAGCGAAUCAUUCAGCUGUCACUCAUGGAGAAGUGACGGUGAUAGUGGGAACUGAGGGCCGUUCCCAAAUGCCCCACCCUCUUCUUCCAAAGAAUUGGAUAAAAUGGGCCGAUCUCUGGUCCAGUCUCGAAUGAGUCAUUCAGAAUCACAGAGAAACCUCUGUCUUCACUGCAAGUUUACAAACACAAACUACUUAACUCAUGGCAAUCCACUGACUGAUCAGCACCGGUCUGGUCUCUGAACGUGUGAAUGACUGAGACAGUGCACACUGCGUACCUUGGCAUCAUUUCUAAAAGCCAUCAUCCGAGCACUCGCCCAGAGUUCUUGCAUACUCACCGGUAGGUGUGAGUUCUGGGGGAAUCUUGCCACUUUUUUUAGUUUUAAAUUAUAGACGAACUUUAAUUUUGGUUGCUAAUACACAUCAGAUUCACUGCACUUGGAUUGAGGAGCCAUGAUGUCUCCUAACAGAAUGUGUGAGGGCAUGUACCCACGAGAGUUUAUGCUGCAGCUCCAUCCAUCUUGAUGGUAAUGCUGCAUUCACAAAAACGUAGAAGAAAAACGUAAAGAUUUGUGAAAGUGAUACUUCCAUUAAGCAACCAGAGUUGCUUAAUAGAAACUUUGGUUAAUGCCAUUUCGUUAAUCACUAAACUUUGAGGAUCUCACACAGGAGGAUUUUAAGAAAAAUUUUUCCCAUUUGAUAUCAAAGACCUGUUCGCACUAGCACGAAUGUUCGACAUGAAAAUUCAGUCCGAGUUUAGCAGGCAAUUCGUCUGUUCAGACCAAUAUGAAAAAAGAUGGGUUAAAAUAACAAUGCCUAUUUUCUCUACAGGGUUAGUGGUGCUCAAUUUUCCAUUUUCAACAACUGUUGUCAUGGAAGUUUAAUGAUGUGUGCAGACCAAAAGUUAAUCUAAUUAUUUGUGCAAGUAAAUUACAUACAAAGUCAAUGCAAAGACAUGAAUAGACAAAUUUGUGCCGGCCGACGCAAAUGAUGUGAAUUGGGCAAUACGCUUGCCUUGAACAUGCAUUAUUCGCCUUAAUCGCGCAUUUUAAAAUUUUAACUCGAGAGGAAAAUUCGCAAGAUGCAUUGUCACGUAAUCCGAUCAGAGAAGAGCUUGUUGAUACGUCCGGUUGUAACAGAAAAGGAUUUAUUAAUUUUUGUUUAUAAGAUUUUAUUUUUUUUGAUAGGACAGUAGUAAUGCCAGGAAGCAAAAUAGGAGAAAGAGAGGGGGGCGGGAUCGGGAAAGGUCCAUGAGCUGGGAUUCAAACUUGGGACGCCUAUAACUGCUCCCUGCAGAGCCAAUGGUUCUAGCUUGACAUCCAGCUCCACCUUCCUGGACAUAACAGGUGGAGCUUGAAGGUCCAACCACGCCCUAAUUAUAAAUUU